AUGAGCUGGAUUAUUAACUCAGUCUCACCUCCCAUAGCUACCAUCAUUUUAUACCGAGAUCGUGCUUCUACAACGUGGCAAGAUUUUCAUGAUCGGUACUAUCAGAGCAAUGGCCCUCGGAUUUAUCAACUGAAGCAGUCCAUUUCCAACAUCAAACAAGUGGAUCUUGACAUUACCACACAUUUUACCAAGUUGCAAACUCUCUGCGAUGAACUGACAAUGUUUAGGCCCCUCACUGAUGGUGCCUCUUCAAAUUACCAAGAACAAGAUUAUGUCUUGUAUUUUUUAAUGGGUUUAAAUGAAUCCUAUCCUCAAAUCCGCUCCAAUAUUCUGAUGAUGGAGCCCCUUCCUCCCAUUAACAAAGUUUUUUCUCUCAUCAUCCAAGAGGAAAAACAAAGACCAUUGUCUAAUCUUCAGUUGCCCAUUGCUGCCCAUGUUCACACAAACAAAUCUUUUGCGAAGAAACCUUUACUGUGCACUCACUGUGGUCUCCAAAAUCAUACACGUGAUCUUUGCUACAAGCUCCAUGGUUUUCCCCCUAGUUGGAAACCAAAACCUCGUGACUCAAAUUCUUCUUGGACUGCCAACAAACCAGAUUUUCAACCCAAGUACCCACCAAAACAGGGAAUAGCUGCUGCCGUUUCUAAUGGUCCACCAACUUCCACUUUCACUACUGAACAAUACCAACAACUCCUCACUUAUCUCGCUAUCUCAACAUCCCGAGACCACUGCCACAGUUUUACAAGUUUCCGGUAUACAUUCUAA